ACAUAUAUUAGCACUUUAUGAGCAAAAGCUAAAGAACAUUCAAAGGCAAUUAAUAGCUAAAAAUAGAAGAAAGGAGACCUCACACUCAAAACUAGAUUCUCUUUCAUUUUUGUACACAAUACUAUUUCUACUAAGUGAAAAUUGAAAAAAAAUACAAGAAACAAUUAUAAUAAUGUUCAUCUUCAACUUAAGAAAAGUGGGUUUAAUUUCAAGAGCUGUGGCUUCAACAAGCUUCACCAGGGGAUUCUCUAACCAAGGAGGAAGUAGGCUGGAAGGAAAAGUUGCACUGAUCACUGGAGCAGCAAGCGGGAUUGGCAAGGCAACAGCGACUAAAUUCGUUGAAAAUGGGGCGAAAGUUUUGAUUGCCGAUAUUCAACAAGAUCUCGGACAAAGCAUCGCAAAGGCAUUGGGUUCAAGGGCUUCGUUUGUAUCCUGUGAUGUUACUAAAGAAGCCGAUAUAGCCAGAGCUGUUGAUUCAGCUGUCUCCAAGUAUGGUCGACUCGAUAUCAUGUAUUGUAAUGCAGGGGUUGCGUGCAAAACACCGCUCAACAUAACAGAUCUCGACCUCAAUGUCUUUGAUCGUGUGAUGUCGAUCAAUGUAAGAGGCGUAAUAACAGGGAUAAAACACGCAGCACGAGUAAUGAUUCCUCGUAAAAAGGGUUGCAUCCUAUGCACCGCAAGUGUUACAGGGAUAAUGGGUGGGAUGGCUCAGCCAACGUAUUCGGUUUCGAAAGCAGCAGUGAUCGGAAUAGUUAAGUCUACCUCGGCAGGGCUAAGCAAGCAUGGGAUUCGGGUUAAUUGCAUAUCGCCUUUUGCAGUGCCUACACCAUUUGUAAUGGAAGAGUUAAGGAUGAUGUUUCCGGGUGUUGACGAUGAGGUACUCGUAAAGUUAGUGCACGAUUCGAGUGUUCUAAAGGGAGCGAUAUGUGAAGACAUAGAUGUCGCGAAUGCUGCUUUGUAUUUGUGUUCUGAUGAAGCUAAGUAUGUAAAUGGUCAUAACUUGGUGGUUGAUGGAGGUUUUACUUCAUUUAAUAGCUUACAAAUUACACCUCCUGAGCAAGUUAAGUAAUUUAUCUUUUGUAUGUCAAAGAACUGCUCCCUGAAUACAUUUUUAUAUAAAUAAAAAAUAGAUUCGGUAAAAA